AGUUGGGCUGGCUGGGAGCAGGGAGACAUCAGAACAAACGUGAAUAGUAAAUCCUGUACCUUUCAGUUGCAUGGCAGCAGAAUGAGAGGUGGAUCAUCGUAUGGAGACAGGGACCGAGACCGAGGACGCGACAGGGGGCCGCGCUUUGGCUCUAGCCGUGGACGCUCACCUCCAGGGUCAAAGAAAUUCGGCAAUCCAGGUGAACGUCUUCGUAAAAAGAAAUGGGAUUUGGAUGAACUUCCAAAGUUUGAAAAGAAUUUUUACACAGAGAAUCCUGAAGUCCAACGAAUGAGCCAGUAUGAGCUUGAGGAAUUCCGCAGGAAGAAAGAGAUCACUGUAAGAGGCUCGGGCUGCCCCAAACCUGUCCUCAGCUUCCAACAGGCCCAGUUCCCACAAUAUGUAAUGGAUGUCCUGAUGCAGCAGAACUUCAAAGAGCCCACUCCCAUCCAGGCCCAGGGCUUUCCAUUGGCUCUCAGUGGUAGGGACAUGGUGGGCAUUGCACAGACUGGCUCAGGGAAGACUCUCGCAUAUCUUCUCCCUGCCAUUGUACACAUCAACCACCAGCCUUAUCUGGAACGUGGAGAUGGACCUAUUUGUUUGGUACUGGCCCCAACUCGUGAGUUGGCUCAGCAGGUCCAGCAGGUGGCUUAUGAUUAUGGCAAAUCCUCACGCAUCAAGAGCACUUGUGUAUAUGGAGGAGCACCCAAGGGCCCACAGAUUCGCGAUCUGGAGAGAGGGGUGGAGAUAUGCAUUGCCACGCCAGGCCGACUGAUUGACUUUUUGGAGGUGGGCAAGACAAACCUGCGUCGCUGCACCUACCUGGUGCUGGAUGAGGCCGACAGAAUGCUGGAUAUGGGUUUCGAGCCCCAGAUCCGCAAGAUUGUUGAUCAGAUAAGGCCUGACAGACAGACCCUCAUGUGGAGUGCCACCUGGCCGAAGGAGGUGCGUCAGCUGGCGGAGGACUUCCUGCGGGACAACGUGCAGAUCAACGUAGGUGCCCUGGAGCUCAGCGCCAAUCACAACAUCCUGCAGAUUGUUGACGUCUGUAUGGACAGCGAGAAGGACAGCAAAUUGCUUCAGCUGAUGGAAGAGAUAAUGGCAGAGAAAGAAAACAAGACCAUCAUCUUUGUGGAGACCAAGAAACGAUGUGACGAUUUGACACGGCGCAUGAGGCGAGAUGGAUGGCCUGCUAUGUGCAUCCAUGGUGACAAGAGUCAGCCUGAAAGAGACUGGGUGCUCUCAGAAUUUCGCAGUGGAAAAGCCCCCAUUCUCAUUGCGACUGACGUGGCCUCUCGUGGUUUGGAUGUGGAGGAUGUCAAGUUUGUCAUCAACUACGACUAUCCCAACUCGUCCGAAGACUACAUCCACCGCAUCGGGCGCACAGCCCGCAGCACCAACAAAGGCACGGCCUACACCUUCUUCACCCCCGGCAACCUGCGCCAGGCCCGGGAGCUGGUGCGCGUGCUGGAGGAGGCCCGGCAGGCCAUCAACCCCAAACUCCUCCAGCUGGUGGACUCUGGCCGUGGGAGCGGCGGCGGAGGAGGUGGGAGAUCUCGUUUCCGUGGCAGCGGCUCCAACUCCAACAACCCUAACCUGAUGUACCAGGAGGAGUGUGACCGCCGCAUGCGCUCGGUGGGAGGCGGUGGCGGCAGCAGCAGCAGCAGCAAGGACAGCCGUGGGAAUGGCAGUUCAAGUGGCGGAUUCAGUCGUGACGGGAGACGUGACGGGGGUGACCGCUCUUCCUCCUCCUCCUCCUCGUCCUACCGCGAGCGCGGUGGCAGGGAUGGGCGCGGCAGCGACAGCUACAGCUCUGGCUCCAACUCCUACAGCGGCGGCGGCGGCGGCGGCGGCAGCAGCAGCCAGUACAGCAGUUACGGCAGCAGCAGUGGCGGCAGCCAGUACAACUCCAGGAGCGCUGCUCCGGCAGGGGCCAGCGCGGCCAGUGGAGGCACUGUGCCCGAUCAGGCGGGCCAGUCCCAGAGUCAGUUUGGGAACAUUGGGGCCAGGUCGGGCAACCCCCCGCCACCGGUCACCGGGCCACAGCCCCUCAUGGCCCAGCAGUUCUCUCCCACUCAGCCGAUGAUGGGCUUCAUGGGUCAGGGUGGACCCUACCAGUUUGCACCGCCACCACCCCCGCCCCCAUCAAGGAAGUAAAUGAUGUUUGCCGGUUACUUGGAGUGAGGCGUUCAGUUAAGCUGUGAUUAUUGGGGUGUCUGGCGGGUUAGAAUGUGUUGACAUUCCACCAUGUCCCUGUUUUGCAUCUCUCCCCUACCUUGAAAUGUAUCUGAGAGCCCACAGUGCAGAACCGUGAAGUAGAUAACAGUGAUCCAGAGGAGAUAGCAUAGUCUCACAGAGUCGUACGUUCUUGUGUCUCUGAGUCUACUAUUACAGUACAUAAAGAUACGGAUUCCUUCCAUCCUGAUCAUGAUUUAUCCAGCUCAGCAGAUUACACUCAGAGCGUUUCUUUGUUUCAGUGACCCUAUUGUCAACGGGAGAGGUUGCGUAUUAAUAUACGUUUAUUUAGAAAAAGUAGUGAAAUGUCAAAUCGUGAGCAGACGCCAACUGUUUUUCUUUUCUUAAUUUUGUAUUUUGACUGUAUUUUUGUUUCUGUUUGGUCAGAUUUUGUCUAGUGAUGCUUUCCUCCCUUUUUUGGCUCUACUGUUGGGUAAAGUGGUUUGAAACCUUUGAACUGA